GUGUAAUUAACACAAUCGCCAAGUUAGCCAAGACCUGCACCCUGCGCCUUACUGUCAGCAAGCUGUAUUUCAUCCUCUCCGAUAAAGUAGCAAAUGGAGGCGUCAGCAUGUGGUGUGAGCUGUGCCAGGGAAAUUUCUUCGAUGAAUUUCAGAUGGAAGGAGUAGCUGCAGAGCACAAUGAAAUCUAUUUAGAGUUGGUGCCCGAGAACCUGUCAAGAGCAUUAAAAACUGCCCAGAGUGCUAAGGCAGUGAAGAUCAAGUUGACUAACAAACACUGUCCCUGUCUCAGAGUUGCUGUGGAGCUACCAUCCUUAUCAAGCAGCAGUAGGAUUGUGACACAUGACAUUCCUGUGGGGGUUAUUCCCAGAAGAUUAUGGAAUGACUUCAGAGAGCCCAGUGUGCCAGACUUUGAUGUCAGUAUUUACCUACCAGUUCUGAAAACAAUGAAGAGUGUUGUGGAGAGGAUGAAGAAUCUGAGCAAUUCCAUUGUGAUAGAAGCAAACUUGAGUGGAGAAAUGAACUUGAAAAUAGAAACUGACUUAGUGUCUGUAACAACACAUUUUAAAGACUUAGGAAAUCCUCCCUGGGCAUCAGUGGAUGGAUGUCAAAGUUCUACUCAAGGCAGAGAUCUGGAAAGCAUGGCUGAGGCACGCAUAGACAUCAAGAAGCUGCAGCAGCUGCUUGCUGGACAGCAGGUCAAUCCCACAAAAGCACUGUGCAAUAUUGUAAGUAAAAGAAUUGUCCACUUCAUUUUGCUCCAUGAGGAUGUUUCACUUCAGUAUUUUAUUCCAGCACUUGUCUGAAUGUUUUGGAAUCUCAAUCAUUUUCUGACCUGAGGCUUUUUCCAUGAGGUCUGAAAACCUUUCUGAGUUGCUGGAGUACUGUUGUGAUAUGCUGUUAGAUGCAGCCAUCGGAUGGACAUUAUUUCCAUAUUUAUGAAAUUACUCAAAAUAUCUCCUCAUCCAGAAGGCUGUUUUUGUGAAGAGUUACAUGCUAUGAAAGACACACCGCUGGGG